AUGGUGGCUCAGCAGAAGAUUAAGGACAGUUCUGUUGAAGCCACUGACGGAUCGGUGAAACCAGGCUCUCCCAAGUCUCGUCUGGCCAUGUUGAAGAGGUCCAACAAGCAGAAAAGUAAGUCAAGAUCGAUCGAUACUUCAAGUUUUGAUUUAUUUAUGAAAUUGGUGGUAAAUAGACGUUUAUGGGUAUAAAAUGUUACAGUAAGGAUAUUUUACAAAUGAGGUUACUUUGAUGGGCUUCUGAUUAAUGUUUUGCAUAAUUAAUGACCAAAAAUUAAUUUUAUUUUUGGAUUCCAGAGAAAUCAAUAGUUUUGUUUGCUUUUUCGUUAUUAUUUUUUGUAGAUUUGUAUUGAAAAAAUAAUUUUUAUAAAGAAAGACUUUUUGUUGAACUGAUACACAACACAAUAUUAGUAUACUAACAUGAAAUAAAUUUAGAUGCUGCAAACAACGAUCCGUUUCGCUUCCAAGGCAACGGCGUCGACUUCAAAGGCAAAUUGAUUGGAGAGCGUGAUGUGCCUGAAGCUCGAGGCGAUGGGAUGUGUGCCGAUGCCAUGCGAGCGGCCAAGUUGGCUGUGAAACAGGCGGGAUCACACAAACAGCGGAUCAUCCUCAACAUCUCAAUCGACGGGUUGAAGAUUAAGGACGAGAAGAGCGGGGUAAGUGCAGUGUAAUGUAAUGCUUUACUGUUUAGGCCAUCUUGUACAACUUCCCUGUAUCCAAGAUUUCAUUCAUCGCCAGGGAUACCACGGAUGCUCGUGCUUUUGGAUUCAUUUUUGGAAAUGCUGAUGGGAAGUACAAGUUCUACGGAAUCAAGACAGCUCAAACAGCAGACAACGCUGUUCUGUCGAUUCGUGACAUGUUUCAAGUGGUCUUCGAGAUGAAGAAGAAACAGAUCCAGGAGAUGAAACAGAAGAAGGAAGAAGAAGCAGCUGAGGUGAGUUCUUUACAUGUUAUUAUUGAAUUUUAAUUACCUUGAUUUUGUUUUAAAUAAUUUGUGAAAUAUUGAGGUUUCUCAACUUUAUCGACUUGUUUGUUUACAAUAAGUUACGGUUUGCAGAAUCUGAAGAAGGAGAACAACUACCGGAUCGAAGACGGCGUUCCGUGCGCCGAUCUUCUGGAUUUGGAAUCGGAACUACAGGUCAUCGAACAAGGAUGCAACCAACUACAACACAUUCCGUCGAUGCCCGAGGAUUCUGUCGAUCCGUUCGGCGAUUCCUUCGCCACGCCAGUACGUCAGCCCGUGAAUAACGUGCCGUUGAACGGCGACGCCUUCUGGGGAACACCAAAUGUAUUUAACCCACCAGUCCAGACAUAUCAGCCAGCACCAGUGUUACCGCAGCAACAACAGUUCAACGCUUUCCCUGUGAGUUUUGAUACGUUUGGUGGACUUUUUUUUAUAAUGUUCAACACGUCAGGGUAACUUUAUAAGUGUUUUUAAAUUAUGGGAUUUAACAAUAUCUUAUCAUAGUGUUGUUAUUAAUUGUAUAAUAUGAUAUUUUACUAAGGAUCUUUUCAGGGUACAAAUCCGUUUGCCAACACUGUAGCCUCGACGUUAAACGCCCCGGACCCGUUUGACACUCAAAGUGCACAACGGGUGAUCAGUGCCAUCAACACGACCCAAUCGUACGGCCUUCCUCAACCUCCACAACGUCAGCCACCAGUUGUCGAUGUCAGUAGCCACAUGUUCUCUUCAAGGGCAAGCUCUACUCACGAAUCCAACGGUCAAACCUCACCAGAAAUCGACUGGGGAAUCUCAACAUCGUCAGCCUCGUCUUUCAAAGAGAACAGUGCUCCAUCGUUCGAGGACAAAGGAUUCGACGACUUGGCCAAGUGAGUUUGUAUUUUUUGUUUUGAAGUUAGGUUAAGGUUGCAAAUUGAAGUUUUAUAUUCUUUGGAAAGUGUUAUGUUUGAUAUCAUAAGGAUGUUUUAAUGUUUUUUGCCAUUUUCAGACGAUCCUUCGACAACGGACGCGUGACAACACUAGAAGAAGCCUUCUCGAAACUGGUAGACAUGGAAAAGCUGGUUCCCACCCAGAACCCACCUCCGGAGACAAAGAAGAACCCUUUCGAGCACAUUAUCAACCCUCCCAAAAUGUCACUCAAUUCUCUGAGUGGACCUCCGCCAGCCUUCCCACCGGUCCAAGGCCAGCAAAUAGUGAACCCGAGUGGGGGAAGAGAUCCCUUCAACGACGACUUCUUCAACUGA